CGAUGCAUCUCGACACAUAGGGUCACUAGUGUCUCCGCGACUUUUGCUGAAGGAUUAAGUCAGAGAAGAAGUGCCCGAAGUCGAUACACAAAGCAGCCAUGGCAGACAUAGACCAGAUGAAGAAGCCCAAGAAAAAAAGUGCUACUGUCUGUGGCUACCCAAUAAGCAUCUUUUUCAUUGUGGUCAAUGAGUUCUGCGAGCGUUUCUCUUACUAUGGCAUGCGAGCCGUCCUGGUGCUGUACUUCAAGUACUUCCUCAGGUGGGAUGAUAACUUUUCUACCACUAUCUACCAUACCUUUGUGGCUCUCUGCUACCUGACGCCCAUCCUGGGAGCGAUCGUGGCCGAUUCAUGGCUUGGCAAGUUCAAGACGAUUGUUUACUUGUCCAUCGUUUAUGCGCUGGGACAGGUUGUCAUGGCAGUAAGUGCUAUCAAUGACAUCACAGAUGCAAACAGGGACGGCAUGCCUGACAACAUGACCUUCCACGUGGCUCUAUCCAUGGUGGGUCUGAUGCUUAUUGCCCUGGGAACAGGAGGCAUCAAACCCUGCGUGGCUGCAUUUGGAGGAGACCAGUUUGAAGACCAUCAGGAGAAGCAGAGAAGCACCUUCUUCUCCAUCUUCUACCUGUCCAUCAACGCUGGGAGUCUGUUGUCCACUGUAAUCACACCCAUCCUCAGAGCUCAGGAGUGUGGUAUUCACACCCAGCAGAAAUGCUACCCACUGGCCUUUGGUGUACCUGCUGCUCUCAUGGUGGUUGCUCUGAUUGUGUUCAUUGUUGGAAGUGGCAUGUACAAUAAGACUGCCCCUCAAGGCAACAUCCUGGUGAAAGUCGCCAAAUGCAUCGGGUUUGCUGUCAAGAACCGCUUUAGGCAUCGUGGUUCUGAAUACCCUAAGAGAACCCACUGGAUGGACUGGGCUGAGGAGAAAUAUGAUAAACUCCUGAUCGCCCAGGUGAAGAUGGUGCUGAAGGUGUUGUUCCUCUAUAUCCCUCUGCCCAUGUUCUGGGCUCUCUUUGACCAGCAGGGCUCAAGAUGGACUCUCCAGGCGACCACCAUGAACGGCGACUUUGGACUUAUGAUAAUCCAGCCUGAUCAAAUGCAGACGGUCAACCCUAUCUUGAUCCUGAUUUUGGUACCAAUUAUGGACAGCGUGAUCUACCCGCUGAUUUCCAAGUGCAAUUUAAACUUCACUCCGUUAAAGAGGAUGACUGUGGGUAUGUCCCUCGCUGCUCUCGCGUUCGUCGCUGCUGGUCUGGUCCAGAUCCAGAUUGAUAAAACCCUGCCUAAGUUCCCAUCAAGCUCCGUAGGCCAAGCGAAGUUCAUCAACAUGAUUGACAGGACGCUGACCAUCGAAGCUGGGACCGAGAAGAUUACCUUGGAGCCUUUCACGGCCAAUGAGGAUUAUUUGAACUUUAAUGGACCAUUUGACCUGAAAUUUGGUCCUAAUGCCACUGAAACCACUUUAUUGGCCGGCACUCGGAACACCAUAGUCAUUGUUCAGGAUGGGGCUGUACCCAAGAGUAUAGAAUUCACAGACAUCAACUCAAAGCCGGAACAGGGCGCUAAUGCUAUCAGAUUAUUUAAUGGCUUGGAAUCAGUUUUGAAUGUAACAGUGGGAACCAAUGUCGUCAACAUCGUCGCCAACAACAUGUCAACAUAUCUUAUGUUACCACAGGGAGAUGUAACGUUCAAGAUCAGGAAUGACACAACUGGAGACGAGUGUGUCUACACUCAAACACUGGGCUUCGGCAGCUCUUACACUUUGCUCAUCCUGCCAACUUUAAAAUAUGGACCAAAUUGCCAAGACGGCAUCAAACAAGUGACAGAAAUCCAGCCUAACACAAUCCACAUGGCCUGGCAGAUUCCUCAGUAUUUCCUCAUCACUGCUGGGGAGGUGGUCUUCUCUGUCACCGGACUGGAGUUCUCCUACUCACAGGCACCCAGCAACAUGAAGUCAGUGCUGCAGGCUGGUUGGCUGUUAACUGUUGCUGUAGGUAACAUCAUUGUGCUCAUUGUCGCGGAGGCUGCAACCCUCUCAGAACAGUGGGCCGAGUACAUCCUCUUCGCCUCUCUGCUAAUGUUAGUGUGCGUCAUCUUUGCCAUCAUGGCCUAUUUCUACACCUACACUGACCCGGCCAAGAUAGAAGCCGAGUUUGCCCAGAACGCUAAAGACGAGAAGAAGAAGAAGAAAAGUUCGGAAAAGGACUCGGCUGAGCUACGCGACAAGCCCAGGAAGAGUUCUGACUACAGCUCAGACUCCAGCUUUGAGGAGGAAUCCAAGCAGACGAAAAUCUAAAGUGACAAUUCUCUACAGCUUUUCCCUCUUUCUGAUAUGAAUGCUGCUUGGUUCUAUGUCUCAUGUCUGAAAGUGCCUGUGCCAUUAAUGUUUUUGGUCAUUUUGUGAUCGCGCUGCUGGACAUGUAGUGGUUAGAAUGAGUGGAUGGACCUGAGUGAAAUGGUGCUGGAGUUGGAAGAACACAGAAACAAGGCUUAUAUGGGUAAGCUCUUGGUGAACAGUGUUAGUGAAGGGUCUUGACAGGGAUAAUUUAAAUACCAUUAUCAACAUUUCAUCUCAAAACCUUGAGAGACUAUUCUGUUUUUAGAGGUUACUCACAACAUUAAAAUGCCUGGAUCUUUA